AUGCAUAAUAACAAGGCUGCUCGUAGGGUGACCAGGAAGAUUUCAGUCAAGUCCAACGCUUUCCCGACAAGUGAGAUGGAGCCGUUAUCAGUGCCCCUACGAUUCGCUUCGGUCAAGCACUGGUUCCUGCAAGUGGUCCAACAGACUUGGAAAUAUAUUCCGUCCUGCUGCGAGCUUGAGAAGAUUGUCAAUCUUACCAUUGCUGCAUGCGAUUCUCUAGAUGUGGAAAAGGAAGGUGUUGACAACUGUACCGACCUUUAUAGGCUUCAUUUCAACUUCAACUCGAAUAUCGAAAGGAGCUAUGAGUGCGCCACUAUCUCUAAUAACAGUAUAACGAAAAGGCAGAUGCCAUCUUCCGCUACACCUUCGCAAAAUGGGAUGGUCACUGCUGAGGGUGCUGUCUUGGCAAGCACUAUUUACAAUGGCCUUCACGACAGCAAUAGUCGCCGUGCAUACUUUUGGUAUCAACUUGGACCAGUGAUAUCAGAUGGCGAAUUAUGA